AAGUAACUUUGCGCUUAACAACGAACAAACAUCAGUAUUUACAAAUCUCAUUAUUAAUGACGUAUAAUACUAACUGUUCUAAAGAAUGCUAGAUGGCAGGCUAAUGUGUCACCCGCAAUGGCACAUGAUUUGGACUGUGAGUUUGAUACGGUAUUAUACGAAGCUUUAUAUUCAUUAAAGAGCAAUGACAGUAGAAUUUUGAGUUUCAAAGAAGGUGAACAUUUUAGGGUUGUAGAUACUUCGGUAACAGAGCAGGAUUCAAACUGGAUACGUGUUGUAAAUCGAAAUGGAAUUUCAGGGUUUGUGCCAACAGCUUACGUUACGGAAAAGAAGGUCCAAACAACUGAGUUCCUGUCAUGGCUGGAAAGAGCAAUAUCGGCAAUUCAUCAAUCUGGUUCUUCAAGCAGGGAACCUCAGCGAGGAUCUUUAAGGAUGUUAGUAGAUUUGCGAUCAUCACUUCUAAGUCAUUUGGGAAACAAGGUAUCUGAAUUACCUGAUGCCGAACCUGUUCAUCAAACAACAUUUCAAGAUGUAGCUAGUAACACAGCCAGAGUUAUUGUUCACACUGCAGAUACACAGACUGGUGAACACGAAGAACCUUUGCCUGAAAAGAAUAUUUGUGGUCCAGAACUGUUAGUAAAAUUGGUGGAAGAAGUGAGAAGGAGAACUGAUCUUAGUCACCAACAGUCAAAAAAUGCUGUUUCUGUUGUCUUGGAAAUUAUGAAGGACUAUCAUCCUGAUUUGAAGAAAAUGUUAGCAGGCCUAACAGAUAACGAGAUUCAGAGUGUAAAUAUGGAUGAUGAGAAAAAAAUGUGUAUGGUCCUGAACAAACUGUGGUCGUGUCGCAAUGAUCAACAGCAACGUAGCUGGCCAGUACAUGAGGAUGAAGCAGUUAUUAAAGAAGACUUGGUUGAAUUAGCUACUCUCUUGGAAGAAGCUGAUCCUUUCACAUCACAGAGGGUGCUCCAGAGUCGCAACUAUGAGGACUUAGUCAUGUUGGCUACUUACUAUCAAAUGGAGCCUCGGCGUGAACUGAGGUUGGCUCUUCUUCAGGUGUUUGUUAUUCUUUGUGACCUCGACAUGACAAUUGUUAAAGAGCUUCUUUACUCAGUUCUACCAAUGGAACUAGCUCGGGAUAUUCAAACAAUAGUUGAUGAUGACAUUAGGAUAAAGCAGUCAGCAAUGCUGUUAACCAUUCUUUUCAGCACAGGAGAAAGACCACCCAAUGAUAUCUAUGGCUAUAUCAAUGAAGGCUUCUGCAAGUUUGUUUUUUCGUGUGUGGAUGGUUCAGUGGAUGAAGAAAUGGCUGACAUGUUGCUGGCAGUUCUACUUGCCUUCAACCUUCAUCUUGAGAAAGCUGAGGACAACCUCAUUCUCCUUACACUCGGCAAGCAACCUGAAGCCGCCGUAUUCACCCAAAAGCUUUUGUUGCUCGUGAAUCGAGAAGAUGAUCCAGUUAAUAUUUUACAAAAUAGAGGAAAUGUCCCAAACUCGACUCUCAAAAUGCUUCUUGAUAUAUUUGGAAACCCGACAACAGCAAGUCUUUUUUACCUGAAUGAUACCAAAGUUUUACUCGACAUCAUUACUCGCCAGCUGAUGGACUUGACCCCAGGAGACAAGCGUCGUCUAACAUACCUAGCUUUGGCUGAAAAUGUUAUUUGUCACUGUGAUUACGAGACUCACUUUCACCAAAGAGAAAACCUCCAAAAAAUUCUUGAGAAUGGGUUAUCUGGAGAGUGUUCAACCCCCGAGGAAAAACAACUGGCCAAGCAAAUUUUGCAAAGGUUUUCUGAGUGGUUUACUUAUAAACCUGUAUGACUUUCACAGUUUUUGGUAAAAAUAAUCUUACAAAAUUAACAGUUAGUGAAAAUAUCUUACUCAGAAUUUAAAUUUGUUAUAUGUUUCUUGAAAAGUUUCUAAAUUUUAAAGAUUAUUGUAUGUAAAAUAGCAAUAGAGACUAUCAGUCAACAGCAUAUUUGUUACAUUUUUUGCUACGUUUAUUAACUUUUGAGGUAAUAUAUGUAAAGUUUCUUAGUAAAUCUGUUAGAAGCAGUAAUUCUUUAAAGAUAUUUUGAGAAACUUUUGACAUAAUUUCCCCAGUACUCCUUAGAAUAUUUCUGUUUUAACUUAAAAAAAGUUAAAACUGGCAACAUAAGUAAGUGUCAUUGUUGCAAAUAUUUUCUUUGUACAAACAUCACAAGACUAUUAUUGACCAUAUCAUGUAAAAAUAGUACAUUAUCUUGUCGCAGCUAAUGUUUACUACAUAUAGGAAAAUCUGAAGUGUUGUAUAUGUGAUUAUCAUGUAAGUAAAAUUGAUGAAUGAACUACA